GGAUUCUUUCUUUAAAUGUUUAUGAAGCGUUGCUAUUGAUUUGAUUAACUUUAAAAUAACAGAAAAAAGUAUGUGGUAAUCUAAUAAUGAACAAAGGGAACUGCUGCAACAACAACAAUCCAUGUGCAGACAUUCAUACAAAAUAAUUAAGCAAAUGACAGAGGAAAAAAAAACAACGUAGUAAUUAAUUGUCUGUCAAACCUUCCUGAAGGUUGGCCAGAAAAAGGCGGUGGGUGGGGUUACAUUGACACUUUAUUCUGAAAUCCGGAAGUUGCGCACGCUGAGAAAAAUACCGUGGCUUUACUAAAAAAACAAAAAAACUAGUCCGCUCGACCAAUGAACAUCAGGUUCGUUAAUGAUAAUAAUCUCACAGCUGCUGCGAAUCACCGGACAGGAUGUGUCCACCGACUUGUGUCUGAUGCAUGUGAUGAAGCAGAAGGUGAUGAAGAAGAGCGACGUGCGAGUGUAACGGCAGAAGGACCAGAAGCAUGCUUGGAGCAGGACACCGGGAGCUGGACCGUAACGGGUGAAAAAAAAAAAAAACCCUCUCAGCACAGGCAGGAGAGCACACCUGUACACGAGUAACUAAAGAUGAAGUCCAAGCGAGCGGGGCCUCCCCCCGACGGUGGGUACGGCUGGGUGGUCGUCGUGUCGGCCUUCUUCAUCAUGGGCCUCACCACCGCUGUCCUCAAGAACUUCGGCGUCUUCUUCUUGGACAUCCAGAGUCACUUUGGAGUCCAGACCAGCACGGCCUCCUGGGUCACCUCCACCACCAUUGCCCUGUUUCACCUGGGAGCCCCAGUGGCCAGUGCGCUGACCUUGCGGUUUUCCCAGAGAGUGGUCAUCAUGGUCGGAGGCCUCCUGAGUGCCUCUGGGAUGCUGCUGGCGUCUCUGGACCUUGGUCUGCCCUGGCUCUAUCUCACCAUGGGCGUCCUGCAAGGAACAGGCAUUUCCUUUGCGUGGAUCCCCGCCAACAGCAUGGUGAACCACUACUUCGUACGGUGGCGUCCCAUCGCCUACGCCGUCGCCAGCUCGGGGGAGUGCGUCUUCGCCGUCGUGUUCAGCCCCUUCUUCCAGUGGCUCAUCGAGAUGUACAGCUGGCAGGGCGCCCUGCUCAUCGUCGGAGGCCUCCAGCUCAACCUGUGUGUCUGCGGCGCUCUCAUGCGACCGAUGGAGACGACUCAGGGCUCGAUUCAAGAAACCAAAGACGGUCCGGAAGGAAGUGCUGCGUUGCUCCGGCCGAAGAGGAGGGCUAUCUUUCAGUGCACGCUGCUGAGAAAGCCCGAACUUGUCCUCUACAUCCUGUUUGCCGUCCUUGCAGCGACUGGGUUUUUCAUCCCACCUCUCUUUCUGGUGCCCUUUGCCAGCAGCGUGGGGAUGGAUAAGUACUGGCCGGCCUCCCUCCUCUCCGUCCUGGCGCUGGCAGACCUGGCCGGGAGGCUGAUCUGUGGGUGGGUAGCCAACAUGGGGCUGCUGCGGAACCUGCAGCUGCUCACCAUGGUGGCCACCCUCGUCGGCGUCGUGCUCCUGCUGCUGCCAGUCAGUCACAACUACUGGGCCAUCCUGUUCUUCACCUCGCUCUACGGCUUCCUGUUCGGCUGCGUGGUGGCUGUUCACGUCACCGCGCUCGUGGACAUUGUGACCCUGGAGGGAUUCGACAGCGGCCUGGGGAUGUUGAUGCUGUUCAGGAGCAUUGGAGGCUUCAUGGGUCCACCUGCUGCAGGAUGGCUGGUGGAUGAGACGAACGACUACAGCUACGCCUUCUACCUCUCGGGCCUGUGUCUCAUUUCAUCAGCAGUGUUCGUUGUCCUCGUCGACUGUCUGCUUCAGAGGAGAAAGGCCAAGGAGGCCGACGGGCAUCAGGUAGUCGGCCAGCUGGAGGGCUGGGACACAUGAGGAAAGGUCAAGUGAGACAUUUUUUACCCCGAAUGUGCUUGAAAGGUUUGUGUCAUUGCAAACAUACUCAGGUAGUACGAAGACAAACGGAACAGCUUGAAGCUGGAUAAUACAUUUUGUCCUUAUAAGAAAUUGAAAUUCCAGGAGCAAGAUGAUAACACUCUGAUCCAAUUUACUUUUCCCUGGAGCAAAUACACUGAAAAAACCUACCAAGCUAAACUCAACAACACUGCAGCUGUUAUAGGCGUUACCUCAAAUGUCACCGACACAGUGGUUCUAGUGGUAAAACUCUCUGUUUCCCUGUUUAAACAAAACACCAUCACUUAAUUUCAACUCUUAAGAGGUGAAAGUAAUAUUGAGAUAAAAAAGAAAACAUAAAACAAAGGAUACGGAUGAUUAAAUUAAAAGCAAGACCAUAAAAAUAACUUUUGAGCGGAUUCCAGAACAUUUUAACAGACGCUGCUUUUCUAAUAUGUGGCGGAAGUAUGUUACAGAUCUUCAUGCGUAAAUGCAGUUUGUAUUGUGGCACUUCAUUGUUGCAUUAAUCAAACUGUUUAAAAUUACAGAAUAUUGGCAGACUUAUUAUAGAGUCACCAAAUCCCAUGAAAAGUCCUAAACCAACAACGUUUACCUUUCUACCUUGUCUGUGCUUCUCGGACAAAAUCAAAUUUUUAAAUACAAUUCAUGUGAUUUUAAGUUUUUUUGCUCUAUGGCACUGAGGAAUAAUGUACAUCAGGGACACUAGAAGAAUGAAUAGUUCUUGGUUUGUUAUGGGAUUUGUAAGAAAAAACUAUCACCAGACUUAUCCAUAGCCACUUUUUGCUACAGUAUUUAUACAGUAUCACUACAGAUGAGUACUGAAUGAAUCGUCAGGCACAAUUAUCUUUUUUGUUCCAUAAAUGGGGCUUUUUGACAUUUUUAAAAUAAUUAUUUAGCAGGACGUGUCUCUGGGUUUUUCCCAGAGCUAAAUAUGAAUAUUUUUGAAUAACAUUUUGGGAAGAGGCAAAAGCAUUAUUUAUUUUACUUUACUUUUAAGCUAUAGGACUCCUGUAUUAUAUGAUACAUGUGGGUCGGAGUGGUGGGGAGCCAUGAUCUUAACGGAAACUUUUCUAGCUGGACAUAACUCAGACUUCUGAUAUGUUGUAUUAUGUUGCUGCAGUCAUAGCUUUCGACUGUUAUUUAUCUCGUCCAGUCAAAUCGGUUCUUAUUCAAUGCAGGCUUGAUGAUCCUCAAAGAGAACUUUCUCUGUUAGUGAAGUACUGUAACACCAGUUGUACGCACAGUUUUUGACUCUACCGUUCACUUACUUGAAAAAUGGAAAGACAUUUCUUGGAAUCUGUUUUAACGCACGUGAAGUUUUUAAAUCUGACCUUAUAUAUCAAAUGUGUAUUUUUCUUUUUCAUGUCACCAGUUCUGGGAGUAGGUAAAACUACAACGUUUUAAUUAAAUUGCUCGAGUAUUGGUGCAAAACUCUUGUGUGGGAUUCUUCCUGCCACUUAUAUCGUUUGUCACGUCUGCCUUCAGUUUUCACUUUGCCCACUGCAGACUGAAACCAGGACAUUUGUAAUGAACCUACAUACAUGUCCUCAUGCAGCCAAAUUGUUAAAUUAACUUGGAUUAAUGCACUUUGUACUAGAGCUGAAACAAUUAGUCAACUGAAAGCAUUGAAUCUGCAUUAUGUUUUAUACUUCUAUUUCAAUUAUCGUAACAAUGCCAAGGACACUUGUUCCAACUCCUCGAAUUGGAAUUAUUUUUGAAUCUUGAAAGGUUUCAGUCUGUUGUUUGGACAAAAUCCUUUAAAUAUGUGAACUUGUGCUUUAAGAAGUCAAGAUUGUGCACGAAAUUAAAGACAAAUGUUUAAUA